CUCCUCCGGACCCGGGCACGAUCCGCCGCCAUCGGAGAAACACAAACGAAAUGGGCAAUCCCAAGAGGCAAACACAGGUACAGGGGCAACAGGGGAGAACCCCCAUACCUAAAUCGGGCUCCCUCACCCGUUACUUCAAAGAUAAUAUCGAUCAGGAGAUGGAGGCCGCGACCUCCAAGAUGGCGGAUGCCGAUCCCAUAGAGGAAAUGCAGCCACAAAGCCCCCACAUGUCUGAUUACUCACUAAAAUCAUUAGAUAACAGUGGGGAUUUAGACAUAAAAGAAAUGCUGAGGAAUCUCCCAUCCAAAGCUGACCUCCAGACUAUGAUGGGGAAAUUAGAGGCAACCCUCCACACAAAAUUAGCAGAAAUGGGCACCGAAAUUCAACAAAUGAAUUUAAAGGUCACUGACCUAGAAGAGGAGAAAGAUGUAAUGCAAGCACAAAUCUUAAAUAUCUCAUCUACCUUAGAAUCACAUAUCCAUUUUAUGUCUGCCACCCAAAGACAUAUAGAUGAUCUAGAUAACCGCGGGAGAAGAAAUAACCUACGCAUAAGGGGGAUCCCAGAGGCCCAAAAUGAAGAUUUAACAGCCAUUUUAACAGAGCUCUUUACUCUUGUAAUAGGGGACUCUGGCACCAGCCAAAUGCUCAUAGACAGGGCUCAUCGCUCACUCCGACCUAAGGGGCUACC